AUGACACAAAGAGGAGAGUCAAUCAAUAACUACUUCAAGGGCUUCUUUACACCAUCAACCCCCAUCAAUGAAUUUGUAACACAAUAUGAAGAGACUAUUAAAAAACGACAAAAUAAAGAAGCCAAGGCAGAUGUCACUUGCAUCACCUCAACCCCAUCUUGUUCGACAGGUCAUAAAAUCGAGUAUCAAGCAAGUAAUGUUUAUACGAAAAAGGUGUUUAAGGUUUUCUCAGUAGAGUGGUUUGCAUGUUUUGGUCUUGAGGCAAGUCAAUGCGAUGAUGAAAUCACAGUUAAGAGGUACAAGGUUUGUUCAAGGGAUGGGGAUCGAGAGAUACAUGUGAACUAUGUGUUGGACAACCAAGAGGAUGAAAUCACUAUUUAUGACUGUAAGAUGUUUGAGCAGAAAGGGAUGCUUUGCAAGCAUAUCCUUAAGAUUCAUGUGAUAAUGGACAAAUCCCAAAUUCCUCAUCGUUAUAUUAUGCUUAGAUGGACCAAAGGUGCCCGUUAUAUUGAGUCUGGACUUGGCGAAGGCUCAUCUGAACGACAACCCCAACAACUUAUGUGGAUUCUUCAUGACAUUGCCCACCAGUUAGCAAGUGAAGGAUCUCUAUCUCAAGAGAGGUAUAAUGUUGCUCAUGGAGUGCUGAGUGAUGGUCUACAAGAGGUGUUGAGAUUGCAAGCAACCGUUAGCAAUUUGACUGGCAAUUUUGUUCUACAAGGGGGUCAAUGUAUAUCUGAUCCAUUACAACCUUCUAUUAACCGAGGGAGACAAAGGACAUCUCGUUUUAGGUCAAAACUCGAAAGAAGGGUUUACCAUUGUUCAUUUUGCAAUAGUACAAGGCACAAUGUCACGAGAUGUCCUAUGGUGAAUGUGCUUACUGGAGAUACCAAUAGGCAACAAUUGUGUCCGCCGAUGCAAUUAUAUUUGAAUGAACCUCCAAGUAUUGAAUAA